GCCGCUGGUGCAGAGCCCAGAUCGGGCGCGGCAGCCGCAGCGGCGCGUCCUCCGGCUCCGCCCGGCGCCCUCCCAUGGCCGGUGCCUGCUCCUGGCUUCCAGCCGCGCCCUAGACCGCUCGGCUCCGGCCCGUCCCAGCGCCCGGGGGAGGAAGGAGCGAGGAUGGGCACGGUGCUGUCCCUCUCCCCGCCCGCCGCCUCGGGGAAGGGCGGCGGCGGGGGGCCCCUGGCGCAGGGGGCUGCCCCGGCCAGGGCGCACGGGAAAGGCGAGAGCCGGCUGAAGCGGCCCGGGGUGCUGAUCUCCGCCCUCACCUGGAAGCGCCUGGUGGCCGCCUCGGCCAAGAAGAAAAAAAACGCCAAGAAGGUGACCCCCAAGCCGGGCAGCGGGGGGGCCCGGCCCGACCCGCUGGUGCAGCAGCGUAACCGCGAGAACCUGCGCAAGGCCCUGGGGGCGCCGCAGGCGGCGGGCGCGCCCGGCCCCAAGCAGGGGCCCCUGGCCGUGCCAGUGCCCACGGUGCCCGCCGCCCCGCAGGAGCUGCAGCCGGGCGGGGGCAAGCCGCCGCCGCCCCCUCCGCCGCCGCCGCCCCCGCCGCCCGGCAGCCGCGCCCCGGGCUCCCCGCGCCGGGUCAUCGUCCAGGCCUCCACCGGGGAGCUGCUUCGCUGCCUGGGGGACUUCGUGUGCCGCCGCUGCUACCGCCUGAAGGAGCUGAGCCCCGGCGAGCUCAUCGCCUGGUUCCGCAGCGUGGACCGGGCGCUGCUGCUGCAGGGCUGGCAGGACCAGGGCUUCAUCACCCCGGCCAACCUGGUGUUCGUCUACCUGCUGUGCCGCGAGGCGCUGCGGGGCGAGGAGAUCGGCAGCCAGGGCGAGCUGCAGGCCGCCUUCCUCACCUGCCUCUACCUGGCCUACUCCUACAUGGGCAACGAGAUCUCCUACCCGCUCAAGCCCUUCCUGGUGGAGGGCGACAAGGAGCGGUUCUGGGAGCGCUGCCUGGCCCUCAUCCAGCGCCUCAGCGCCAAAAUGCUGCAGAUCAACUCGGACCCGCACUACUUCACCCAGGUCUUCCAGGACCUCAAGAGCGAAGGGGAGACCGGCGGCAGGAGGGACUCCGGCCCCAAGCCCUGGACUAUCAGCCUGGACCGCUAGGAGGUCCCUGGGGCUCCCUCCCUCUGCCCCCACCGCCGCCAGGGAGCUGCCCGCUGGAGGGGGAGCGGCUGGACUUCCCUUCCCCCCAACGUCGCCCGCCGGAGCCGCCUCCAAAAACUGCCCAACCCCUGGAGCUGCCGAGGAGGCAGCGAGGACCGGGCCUGUGUGAAGGCGGCGGGGAGGGGAGGGACACUGCCGGUUCGCAUCUCCUGGGG